GGUAUAAAGAGAAGGUCUCAGCUACCCCUUAGACCCCUGGAGUCUUCCCUGAGCUGCUAUACAGAAGCUGAAACAUAGACCCUCAAGCGUUGCUGCAAUCCCUGACAUGCAGGCUUCACUGCCAGUGUCCAAUAUGAUGUCCUAUGGAGAAAGGCUGGGGAGCCCUGCCGUCUCCCCACUUCCAGUCCGUGGAAGACAUGUGAUGCAUGGGGCAGCCUUUGCCUAUGUGCCCAGCCCACAGGUCCUGCACAGGAUCCCAGGGACAACCGCCUAUGCUUUCCCCAGCCUGAGCCCAGUGGCCCUCACAGAGCAUGGAUGCCCCUAUGGAGAGGUCUUGGAGCUCCAUGACCCACUACCUGCCAAGGUGGUGUUGGAGGAGGAACAUAAGCCAGAGCCCAAACUGGUCCAGAAGAUAUGCCAGGCUUGCACCACAUUUCUCAAGGUACCACUGAUGCUGGCUUUCCUCUACCUCUUUGUCUGCUCCCUGGAUGUGCUCAGCUCAGCCUUUCAACUGGCCGGAGGGAAGGUGGCUGGAGACAUCUUCAAGGAUAAUGCCAUCCUGUCCAACCCAGUGGCAGGGCUGGUGGUGGGGAUCCUGGUAACUGUGCUGGUGCAGAGCUCUAGCACCUCAACAUCCAUCAUUGUCAGCAUGGUCUCCUCUGGCUUGCUGGAAGUGAGAUCUGCCAUCCCCAUCAUUAUGGGCUCCAACAUUGGCACCUCUGUCACCAAUACCAUCGUGGCCCUGAUGCAGGCAGGGGACAGAACUGACUUCAGGAGGGCCUUCGCGGGGGCCACGGUACACGACUGCUUUAACUGGCUAUCCGUUCUGGUCCUACUGCCCCUGGAGGCUGCCACUGGGUACCUGCAUCACAUCACCGAACUUGUGGUUGCCUCCUUCAAUAUCCGAGGUGGCCGUGAUGCCCCUGACCUUCUCAAAAUCAUCACGGAGCCCUUCACAAAGCUCAUCAUUCAGCUAGACAAGUCUGUGAUCACCAGCAUUGCCACAGGGGAUGAGUCCCUGAGGAACCAUAGUCUCAUCCGGAUCUGGUGCCGCCCAGAUCCCAUGGAGGCUGCUACCUUGUCCAGGGCAGAGGCCAACGCCAGCCAGAUCCAUGGAAAUGUCACCAUGGAGAAAUGCAGCCACAUCUUUGUGGACACGGGGCUGCCUGACCUGGCCGUGGGGCUCAUCCUGCUGGCUGGCUCCUUGGUACUCCUGUGUACCUGUCUCAUCCUCCUUGUCAAGAUGCUCAACUCCUUGCUCAAGGGCCAGGUGGCCAAGGUCAUCCAGAAGGUCAUCAAUACUGACCUCCCUGCACCCUUCACCUGGGUCACAGGCUACUUUGCCAUGGUAGUGGGCGCUGGAAUGACCUUCAUUGUCCAGAGCAGUUCUGUGUUCACCUCGGCCAUUACCCCACUCAUUGGCCUGGGUGUGAUCAGCAUUGAACGAGCCUACCCCCUCACACUGGGCUCCAAUAUUGGUACCACCACUACAGCCAUCCUGGCUGCACUGGCCAGUCCCAAGGAGAAGCUGUGCAGCUCCUUUCAGAUUGCCCUCUGCCACUUCUUCUUCAACAUCUCUGGCAUCCUGCUGUGGUAUCCACUGCCCUGCAUGCGCUUGCCCAUCCGCAUGGCCAAGACACUGGGCAAACGCACGGCCAAGUACCGCUGGUUCGCUGUCCUCUACCUCCUUGUGUGCUUUCUUCUGCUGCCCUCGCUGGUGUUUGGCAUCUCCAUGGCAGGCUGGCAGGCCAUGGUAGGUGUAGGUGCGCCCUUUGGAGCCCUGCUGGCCUUCGUGCUGCUAGUCAAUAUCCUACAGAAUCGAAGUCCCGGACACCUGCCCAAGUGGUUGCAGACAUGGGACUUUCUGCCCCGCUGGAUGCAUUCUCUGAAGCCCCUGGACCACCUCAUCACCCGUGCCACCUUAUGCUAUGCCAGGCCUGAGCCCCGCUCACCCCAAUUGCCUGCAAGGGUCUUCCUGGAAGAGCUGCCCCCCGCCACGCCUUCCCCCCGCCUUGCACUACCUACUCACCACAAUGCCACCCGCCUCUAGGCUGUAGACCCAGAGAACUGCCUGGAGAUGGCACAGAGUCCUGGAUGGAUGGGGAGGGGUUAUGUGUGGGCCCUUGUGAGUGCAUGGCUCCCUGGUAUGCAUGUGUCUGUCACUCUUGGAUGCCUAUCUUUAUGCAAAUCCAUAGAGGUAUUGGCUCGUGUGACUGAGAGGCAAUAUGCAAGUGAGGAGGUUUAGGGCUGUAUCUGUGUGCCUACCAGUGUAGGCAUAGAAGCCAGUAUUUGUGUACACAUGUGUAUCAGCCCAUGCAUAUGUACACAUGUACCUGUGGGAGGCCAUGUACAGUUUGCAGGGGAUGUGGAUGUGAUUUCAAGUCCUUUGCCAUAUUUGGAGAGUUGCAUUUAUUAUGUCUUUGUGUACUCAAGACUAUACCAGGCAGGAUGGCUCUGACUAGGUGACUGCAUAGCUGUCUGCCUAUGCAUCCAUAUGGGUGCCAGAGACACUGACUGAGUUACACCCCUACCUGCCUUCCUUCCUCCGUGAAGCCAGUCUCACCCUUAAUCAGGGCUCAGUGCCACCACUGCAAUCCUUUCCCAGCCUUGCACAAUGAAUAAAAGGCAUUUAAAACUCUCA